AAUGGUUUAAAUAAAAUGGUCAUGGUCAACACUGGUGAGGUUAGCUUUUUGUCAGAAUUCCAGUUAAAUGUUUUCGUGAAAAUGAACGGAGUGACGUCAGAUCGUGACGUAAGCGAUGCAAAUGAAGAUUUUCAGCUGGACAGAGGGCAGAUGAACGAUUUGUUGCAACAACUGGAGACCUACACCCCUGUUAUUCCUGAUGGAGUAGCUCGCCAUUACCUCAACAAGGCCGGAGUAAAUACAACGGAUCCAGCCGUAGUUCGAUUAAUUGCAUUGGCGAGCCAGAAGUUCAUCUCGGACAUCGUGAACGACGCGAUGCAAUUAAACCGAAUGAAAGGUUCGUCCCAAACAUCGAGGGGAGGGAAAAAGGAGAAGAGAUCCCUUUUAACAAUGGAGGAUUUGUUGCCCUCGCUCGCCGAACGAGGAAUCAAAGUCAAGAAACCUUCGUAUUAUCCGUGAUAACAAUAUCGUGGAAUAAUGUUAUCAUUAUUGCAUAUGUGUUUAUACUUUGUUGAUUUACACAAUUUCGGUUUGAGUUUUUGUAAAGUGAAGAUUAUGACAUAAUAAUAAUUGUUGUUUGUUCGUUGACAAUAACUUCGGACCCCUAGUGGCGAUGAAGAUGUUUAAGAACAUCCGCUAGCUGGUGUUUUAAGUUUAAAUGGCGUCAUUUUUACUUCCGCGUGUAUAAGAUUUCUAUGCGUAGGCGUUACUUAGGGUAUUCCCCAUCCAGGGUUUAUUACGUCAACAAUGAGUUAAUGUUGUAGAAUUUAAGAAUGGUGGAACAAUGAGUAUUGUUUGUU